AUGCAGGUCCCCACAGUCCCCGGGGCGCUGGUGCUCCUGGCGUGCGUCCUUGUCCGAGGCGGCUGUGGGUUCAAGAACGACGCCACCGAGCUCCUGUACUCGCACGUGGUGAAGGCGGCUGCGGGGUCAUCUGGGGGAGCCCAGGCUAUCGGCCUCGGCGGCGGCGGGAACAGCAGUGCCCUGAACCAGGCUCGCCACGGCGGCCGCCUCCCGGGCAGCAGUGCGACCUCAGGGCUGGACGCGCGGAGCAGUCGAGUUCAAGUUGGCUGCAGAGAGCUGCGUUCUACCAAAUACAUUUCUGAUGGCCAGUGUACCAGCAUCAAUCCCCUCAAGGAGCUGGUGUGUGCUGGGGAGUGUCUGCCACUGCCCGUACUCCCCAACUGGAUUGGAGGAAGCUUUGGCACCAAGUAUUGGAGCCGAAGAAGCUCCCAGGAAUGGCGGUGUGUCAAUGACAAGACACGAACCCAGCGGAUCCAGCUCCAGUGCCAGGACGGAAGCACUCGGACCUACAAGAUCACCGUGGUCACUGCCUGCAAGUGUAAGAGGUACACUCGACAACACAAUGAGUCCAGCCACAACUACGAGAGUAUGUCACCUGCAAAACCUGUACCGCACCACAAAGAGAGGAAACGGGCCAGCAAAGCUAGCAAGCAUAGCCUGAGCUAGGGAGUCAGGCAGCUCUCGCCCGGGACUGAUCUGUGAGCCUGUAUUCUACAGGUCAAACUGCAUCAAGACUGAAGACUUCCAUCGCUGUGUGCUCCCUUCCGAAUCUCUGCUUGUUGCUUCGGUCGAGCCAAGAAGGUCGAUGAUACAUAAAGAUCUUCUUGGGGACAAUUGUUUUUCCUUUUCUGAUUUUUCAGGAUGGGUGUUCAUGCAAGCACCAUUUUUCCUCUAAACCCAUCACCAAAUUGAAAUGUACAGGAUUUUUGAAAGACUAGCUUUGCCCUUCUGUGACCCCCUCCUGCCCCUGAUCUAACCCAAAAGGGGAAGAAUUGGUACCAUGAAUUUUCACUUGUGUUUUAUUUUUAGAAAGGUGCUUCACUGUGGAUUUUCAUGGGAACGUUUCACGAGUCAAGAAAUAGUGCCCCUGUUAAGUAUUUUAAUGAAUGUUGGGUAUUUCUGCUCCACAGGAGACCU